AUGUCUCGCAAAGGCAGCUCGAGGACUUUUGAUUCUUCGAGUCUUUCCCCAGAAGAGCUUGUCAGGAACCAAUUUGGAAGCAUCAAGAGCGCCGCAAAGUGAGUCUGAAAAGAGCUCAGAAAAGAACAUUUUCUUCUUUUCUUUUACAACGUUUUUUCCAGGUCGGUAAAAGAUGACGCGAUAAUAAACACACGAGAUGCGGGAGAAGUUCAAAUCACAAAAGUUCCGCUUCGGAAACUGGUGAGUCUGAAGAAAAAAACGGGGAAAUUCGUGUGCUUUUCUGGACUCUGGAAUUUCAGUAUCGAUAUACAACUACAUUUGAGAAGUUUUUGCUCCUUCUAGGAACUUGUGUCGCCCUCGUCACCGGCGCUGGAUACCCUCUCAUGUCCAUUUUACAGGUCGAUUUUCUACCCUUGAAACUGUUGCUAAUAAAAAUAUUUCAGAAUAGGUUACUGUGAAUCAAAAUUUCAUUUAACAUGGGCUGUUUUAGGGUCGAGUGACACAGGCGUUCGUCAAGGAAGACAUAUAUCUCAACAAUCCGAACAGUAAUUUAUUUUGCUUUUUUUGGUUCCGAAAAAGAAAGACAUCGGAGUGGACGAAAAAACGGUUUUGAGUAGGAAUUCAGGGGUUAAUUCUUAAAAAAUCUGUCGACAUAAAAUUUGCCGUUUCUGAAAUGAAUUCUGUUGCUUUAGCCCCCGGUUUGAACUACACAACAACCGACUUCAACCAUGACGUCAUGUCCGUCGUGUGGGGUUACGCGGCAAUGACUGUAGGAAUGUGGAUCGCCGGCCAAGUCCAGGUCUCACCCUGGCACCAGCUUUCAAAACUUGUGAGCAAAGCUUCUAGGUCACCUGCUUUCUGUACGUCUGCGAGCAGAUGAAUAACAGAAUGCGUCAAAAUUUCGUCAAGGCGAUUCUCCGGCAGGACAUACCUUGGUUCGACACAAACCAUUCGGGCACCUUGGCUACCAAACUUUUUGAGUAAGACUUAUUUCUAAUAAAUCAGAGUAGCCUUUGAAAAUUUCUUUUUUUUUCUCACAAGCAGGUAUAUUUCAGCAAUUUGGAGCGUGUUAAAGAAGGAACUGGCGACAAAAUUGGCAUGAUGUUCCAGUUUCUCAGUCAGUUCAUAACCGGUCGGUUUCAGCUUUUUUCAGCUGGAAAAACUCGAUUUCAACCUUCAGGAUUUGUUGUCGCGUUCACGCACAGCUGGAAAUUAACGCUAGUUAUGCUGGCGAUGACUCCAGUCCAGGUGGCCUGUGGAUUCGGCAUAGCCAAGGUGAGUUCUACCUGAGACUUUUCUGGAACUGGAAGAAGCUCAGUCGAUGUCGACGUUUGCGAGGAAGGAAACUGUCAAAUACGCAAAGGCCGGAAAAGUCGCCGAGGAGACCAUCUCCAACAUACGGACGGUGGUCUCGUUGAAUGGGUUGCGCCAUGAAAUCAGCAGGUUUAUAUCGCUCAGCCCCAAUUGAGCCUUUAACAUCAAUCAAAAUCCAAGAUGAAGAUCUACAAAAGUAAAGCUGGUUAAGAAGAAGAGAAGUAUUAAUUUUUAGUUUUUUUAAAUCUAUAUAGAGUAUAUAUAAUCUAUAUCAUGAGCAAUGCAACCACUAGAACGCCAUAAAAGUUAUUGAGACAAAUAAAAUCGGAUUGAUUUCCCUUGAUGGAUUAAAAGUUUUAACUUGAAACGAAUCUAUCCGGAAACAUUCCAUAUUAAAAAUUAUUCAGAAAUUGUUGAAAAAAUGCCAAUCUAGAUACGCAGCCGCCGUGAAAGAAGCUCGACGCUCGGGAAUCCUCAAAGGUCUGUUCCUCGGUCUUUCCUUCGGAGCCAUGCAGGCAAGCAACUUCACGUCUUUCGCUCUCGCCUUCUACCUCGGCACCAACUGGGCCCACUCCGGCUCCUUGCAACUCUCCGACAUGCUCACUGUAUGGUUCUCUUCCGAAACCGUCUUUCUACGUAGUUCAGACGUUUUUCUCCGUCAUGAUGGGUUCUAUGGCCCUCGGUCUGGCUGGACCUCAGCUCGCCGUGCUCGGAACUGCUCAGGGAGCCGCUUCCAGCAUCUUCGAGGUGCUCGACAGAGAUCCAGAGAUUGACUCCUCGAGCCAGGAAGGCUGCAACGACAUGGACAUCAGGGGCGACAUCGUCGUCGACUCUGUCCACUUCCAAUAUCCGUCUCGUCCGGAUGUUCCGGCAAGUGCUCCAAGUCUUUACUCUAGCCUAAGGAGGCUUGAAAGCUCGAAAUUUUCCCCGAACUUUCACCUCAUAUGACAGAACACUUUCAGAUUCUUCGAGGUCUUUCACUUCGUGUGAACGCAGGCCAAACGGUGGCUCUGGUCGGCUCCUCUGGAUGCGGAAAAAGCACCAUCAUCAGCCUUCUUCUGCGUUAUUACAACGUCGCAAGAGGAAACGUGAGUCAAAAAUUUAGUUGUUGGAGCAUUUCUGAUUCCUCAGAUUUUCCUUGAUGGCGUGAACAUCUCCGACAUCAACAUCGAGUUUCUUCGCAACCAAAUCGCCGUCGUUUCUCAGGAGCCAGUUCUUUUCAACUGCACCAUCGAGGAAAACAUCAGAGUCAGUCAAAUUUCGCUCGGAAUAACUUGAAACGUCCUGUUGAUAUUUCAGUACGGUCGCGAGAACGUGACUCAAGAGGAAAUGAUCGCCGCGUGUCGUAUGGCUAACGCUGAGAAGUUCAUCAGAACAAUGCCCAAGGUCAGUGCCUCAGCAAACCCUCUAGGAACCAAUUUCCCCAAUACCAUAAUACAUAUAUCAAUUAACAAAAGAAGCCAUUUGAGAAAGAAGUUCGGAUUUUUCUAAACGUUUUUCCAAGUACUCUUAAGGUCUAGGUAAAUGUUGAAUUGAAUUGCUACCUGCGCAGGUUUUACAUUUUCGCAAGUAUGUUUUUAUCAAACUUCGUCUUGCAUAAAGAAGCUUGCUAGAAAAAUUUAGAAACUUCGAAAAAUCUUAUCUCCGAAAGAAAAAUAAAUAGUGCAGGAGGCCACUAUUUGGUUGGAAAAGGAGGAUAAUGAAGAAUUUGUUUUUGAGGGAUACCAAACCAUCGUCGGAGACCGUGGAACCCAGCUUUCUGGAGGUCAGAAGCAAAGAAUUGCCAUUGCCAGAGCCUUGGUCCGAAAUCCCAAGAUUCUGCUUCUCGACGAGGCGACCAGUGCUCUUGACGCGGAAAGUGAAGGAAUCGUGCAGCAGGCCCUUGACAAGGUCUGCACCGCUUCAGCUACUUCUGGAACCAACAGAUUUAGGCUGCAAAAGGUCGCACUACCAUCAUCAUCGCCCAUCGGCUCUCGACCAUCAAGAACGCGGACGUGAUCAUCGCCGUCAAGGUAUGUCAGAAGCAAAACCAGCUGAUGAUCAUAGAGGUCAGGACGGCCUCGUCGUGGAACAAGGCGACCAUCGAACUCUGAUGGCUCAGCAGGGUCUCUACUACGACCUGGUCACGGCGCAGACCUUCACAGACGCCGUCGAUGAAUUCGCUGCUGGUACCGUUUUGAACUGUUCGGAUAUUACUACAACAGUAUGUGAAGUCAUUUAGUGAGGUACAAGAAGAAGUAAAGAAAAAGAAGACGCUUUAACAAUAGCGAUACUUGAUUAUUUAUAAUACGUCGGUGGUAUGGCGUACAAGAAAACGAAACGACAUUAAUUCAUUAAAUGAUUAGACUGGAAGAAAAAACCAAGCCAGUUUUUUGAAGAAAAAUGAUUUCAGGAAAAAUCUCACGAGAAACAAGCGUCAGGAAUCGCUCCAUGGACGUUGAGAAUGACGGAAACUUCAGUCGACAAGUUUCCGACGUGAGCCUUUUUUAUAUUUUCUUUUUUUUCAAGUCAAUUUCAAAGAAACUAAUGAAAGUGAUUUUAAAGCAAUAAACAUUUUGAAGUUAGCGGCUCGCAUACGUUUUCAAUUGAUUUCAACAAGAAUCUGUUUGUCACAAAAAAAACUGCAGGUGAAUGAGAUUUCUCAAAGAGUUCGUUCUGCGACUUUGAUGACUCUGGAGCCCGUAGAGGAACAGAGACAGAAGAAAGAUGUCAUGACGCGUCUCCGAACUGGUAUUUUUGUCUAAAAGUGACAUGAAAAGAGAGUUAUUCUGAUAGAACUGGCGGCGGAAGGAGCAGAAAAGACGAAUCUGGUCGAAAUCCUUCUUUUUGCCAAACCUCACGCGCUGUACAUCAUUAUUGGCGUGUCUACUGCAAUUUUAGGAGGUCGGCUCUUAUUUUUUUUUUUCUGCUCAAGACUCCUUUUCAGGUUUCAUUUAUCCGACCUACUCUGUUUUCUUCACACAGUUCAUCAGCGUGAGUCUAGCCUUUUCUGGCCUUUGUUGAAGAAACUGAGCAGAAUAUUUCAGUCGUUCACGGAUCCGAAGAAUUUGUUAUCCGAAGGCCAUUUCUGGGCUCUUAUGUUCCUCGUUCUCGCUGUCGCCCAAGGAAUCACUUCUUUUUGCAUGGUAAGAUUUUUUAAUGUUCCACUAUCCCGAAAAAUAAUCAAAUGAAAGCUAUGAGAUAAUGGUUAGAGGAGUGUUAGGGAGAUCAAGCUUCAGGAGUCGCCGUCUGACCGAAAAAUUAAUGGGAGAAGCGUUUAAGUUGAUAUUUUAAAAAAAAGCCUCACAAGGGAGUAAAAUAACUUCUUUGCCUAAUUCGUUCAUAUUUCAUGAUUUAUGUUCCAACUGAAUUGGAAGUUUUCUGUUUUCAGACCUUCUUUAUGGGCAUAUCAUCGGAGAACCUGGCGAUGGACAUGCGAAAUCAGUUGUUCCGCAACAUCCUGUCCCAGAAUAUCGGCUACUUUGACUCACCGCUUCACGCCUCUGGCAAAAUCUGCACGCGACUUGCCACCGACGUGCCCAAUCUCCGUUCGGUAAGUCUAAGUCUGGAGUCUGAGGAUCAAAAGCCGAACAACAGGCGAUCGAUUUCCGAUUCUCGACGGUCAUUACCACGCUGAUCUCUGUCGUCGCUGGCAUCGCUCUCGCCUUCUACUACGGCUGGCAGAUGGCGUGCCUCGUCGUCGGAAUCUUGCCCGUUCUCGGCUUCGGCCAGUACUUGAGAGGUCGUCGGUUCUCUGGCGUCAACGCCAAAAGUGCCAGCGAAUUCGCCGAUUCCGGAAAGGUUCUCAUUCCAACGAGUAUUUUUGGAAUUCAAUCUAAGAUGUGUGUUUUCAUGUUUUUCAAAGAAUCCAAAAAAAAAAUAAAGAGGUCUCUUUUUUCUCCAUUUCAUCUACAGGGGUGGGCAUAAAUAUUGCACGGCCUUCAAAAUUCCGUUACAUUCAAGUGGAACGGAUUCAGAAAAGAUUGUCUGAAUUUUUUUUAUCGGCAAAGUAUCCAAGUUAGCACAUAUAAUUCAACUUUCGCUCCGACUCUCAUUGGCCUCACUGAGCGCCUUGACUCUCUCGAAAAAAUAUUCGACCCUUGGACACAGAUCGAUCUUGUCAUCCAUUCUCGAUGAUGGAGACCAUCAGCAUGUCCCGGUUGAAAUAGAAUUAUUUCCAGGCCUUCAACUUCGAAUAUAAAUAUGCAGAAUUGUCAAGGGUUUCGAAUCUGAUGAGUAGCCGGUCCAUUCCUUGACCGUGUUGAAAUCGGGCAGAUCGGACUCGCACGAGUCUUGCUCAGCUCGGGGCUUGCAGCUUGACCUAAAAUCUUAGUGGAAGAACCAGCGACGGUUCGCAAAGUGGAAAACAAAAAAAAACAGAUUGAAAUUCCAUUGGCGAAAAAGAAAGUUAGAAUGACCUUGCAAUAUUUAUGCCCACCCCUGUACUAUGAGAGGCUACAAGUUUCUUUCGACCUCGAACUACUAAAAUCAGAUUCAAACUCAGCGUGAGAAAUGAAACGGCAUUCUGGUCUUAUUGAGAAGCCCUAAUAUAAGUUGAGAUCAUGGGUUAGUAUGUAGUUGCUUUUUUUCUCAUAUUAUUUGGGAGGAUCCUAUUGAGCUAACAGUACGAAGAUUUGAUAUACUUUUCUAAUUCCGUCCUUGAUCGGUGAUUGCGCAGAUCGCAAUGGAAGCCAUCGAGAAUGUGCGAACUGUGCAGGCGCUGACCCGCGAAGACAGAUUCUACCAGAAGUUCUGCGAGAAGCUCGCUCAUCCGCAUCGCGAAGCCAUCAAGGACGCCUUCAUCCAAGGCGUCUCAUAUGGGUUCGAAUGACGUCUUCUCAGAAGACGUAGGGAAGCGUUUCAGAAUGGCCAGCUGUGUGCUCUAUCUACUCAACACUUGUUCCUACCGCAUGGGACUCGCUCUUAUUGUCAACAGAACCAUGGGCCCUAUAACAGUUCUCCGGUAAGACGCACUUCACUGGAAAUACCUUUUCGGCCCAGAGUUAUGUAUGCCGUGACGAUCUCUGCAAGUACACUUGGCUUCGCGACGUCCUACUUCCCAGAGUACAUGAAGGCGACAUUUGCUGGAGGAAUCAUCUUCAAAAUGCUCCGCCAACAGUCCGCCAUCGACAGUCUUUCUGCUUCAGGGGACAAAAACGUCAGCACUAACCAUCUUUCAAAACAAGAAUCGGACUUCAGAAACUCACCGGAGCCGUCACUUUCCGUGACGUGCGAUUCAGCUAUCCAGAGCGACCGCAAAUCGAAAUUCUCAAGGGCCUCAGCUUCACUGUCAGACCAGGAGAGACUUUGGCUCUGGUUGGUCCGUCAGGCUGCGGAAAAAGCACAGUAGUGUCGCUCAUUGAACGGUUCUACGACGUCAACUCCGGCAAUGUCGUGAGUCUUCCCGGACAUCUCAACAAUUCACCGAGAUUUGCAUCUAGCUUCUGGACGGGACCGACAUUCAGCAGCUGAACCCGGAGUUCACACGCGCUCAAAUCGCCAUCGUUUCUCAGGAGCCGACGCUUUUCGACUGUUCCAUCGCCGAGAACAUUGUAUAUGGCAUGGACGGUGCGGUAAACGUCCUCGAGGGUUUGAAAAUUGGUAUUUUCAGAAGAAGUUGGAAUGGAAAGAGUUCAAAACGCAGCCAUUAAAGCCAAUAUCCACCAAUUCAUCAUUGGUCUACCAGAAGUUCGUUGGUUUUCUUUCCAGGGCAAAUAAAAGCGCUAAAUGAAAAAUGAAAUAUUUUUUCUUUGAAAACUUUUUAGAAAGCGACGAAAAAACCAAAAGUAGUUCGCAUAGUAUUCCACUUUGCUUAUAUCAAGAUGAAGCAAUUUUACGUAGGAAAACAUUAAUUAUUUUCCGAAUUUUCGUUAGGAACUGAAGCUUGCGCUCACAAGAAAGGUUACUUUGAAUUUAUGUGUGUGAAAUCGAAAUUCUCAUACUCUCGGAAACUUUUGAAAGUCUAGAUUCUUCAUAAUAAGGGCCUAGGCUAAUUCUUUUUGAUUGCUCGUAGAUUCUCAGAGUGCCUUAUAUGAGUAAACUAAUAAAAAUUGCCAACCUUUAAAGUAACCCACCUAUUGAUUUAUAUUCUCCUUUCUUCAUUUUUUUCGACAGAAUAUGGAAAACUGGAUUUCUUCAUACAAAAGUCGAAAAUAAAUCAGGGCUACGCUACGCGAGUUGGUGACCGAGGAACUCAGCUUUCCGGUGGCCAGAAGCAAAGAAUUGCCAUUGCGCGAGCCUUGGUCCGCAACCCGAAGAUUCUGCUUCUCGACGAAGCGACUAGUGCUCUAGACACAGAAAGCGAAAAGGUUCGUCCAUAAGGAUGUUCAGCCCUAACUCUCUGCACAACAGGUGGUGCAAGAGGCGCUGGACCGAGCUCGAGAAGGUCGCACCUGUAUAGUCAUCGCCCAUCGGCUCAACACGGUCAUGAACGCAGAUUGCAUCGCCGUCGUCACCAACGGCACUAUCGUAGAGCAGGGUUGAGACUGUUCCAACUAACUGAAACUCAUGUUCUUUUUUUAGGAACACACUCCGAACUCAUUCAACGGAAAGGGGCUUACUAUAAACUUACACAGAAACAAACGGCCAACAAGAAAAAUGCCUAG